AAAGACAACUCUGGUUGUAUCGAACGAGCGAACCCAACCAACGACGAGCAUUAACCUCAAAUUUUGAUUUGAUUCGUCUUCUCACUCCUCUCUAAUCGUCUCCCUCGUUCGUAUCGUUAUCGUAUCGCCUUAUAAUCCCAUUCUCCGCCUUACAUUCUCUCUGUCUCGAAUCCUUGCCUCCCUCCAUGGCUUCCUGUAGCCUAGGAGUUCCCAAAAUAAAAAUAUCAGCAGUAGACCUUAGUAGGGUAAGAUCCGGAAGCUUACAGACAAUACCAUGCAAUCAAAGAUCAAUGAUUUGUCAAAGGCCGCUUAAGUACUUGAGCCUGAGGACGACUCUUUGUUCUGUGAAAGCUGUCCAAGUCUCUGCUGUCACAGCUGCUGAAACAUCAGAUACUGUAGAAGUAGAAGAUACCGAAGAGACCAAGUCAUAUCCAUUGAACGCUCAGCUCAUUCCCAAGCCCUCUGAGGUGGAAGCUCUUGUCACUGAAAUAUGUGAUUCCUCAUCGAUUGCUGAGUUUGAGCUGAAAGUAGGGUUCUUCAGGAGAUCCAAAACCAUAAAGGGUAAACGCACUCCUUCGUCCUGUAAAGAGAAAGACCAAGUGAAAGAAGGUCAAGUUCUGUGUUACAUUGAACAACUAGGUGGCCAAUUCCCAAUCGAGAGCCCGUCGGAUACAAUGAUGCUCUCAUCUCGAUCCUUCCCUCCUUCCCUGGGAUCAAGAAGCUUCAGUAAUACCAUAUUCUAGCUCGUUUUGAAUUACGACACUGUGCCUUGUGUAUGCUUUUAGAACAAAUAAUCUCCAUUCAUUUCUCUGUAUUCUGUUCGUCUUUUGCUCGUCUGAAAGUUCUUCCUUAAAAUACUGUUUUUUAUUCUGUUCUUUUUUUCUUUUAUAUAAAAACAUUAUGAUACUUUUUCUUUUAUACAUACGAUACAAUCCCAAGAUUUCAAAAGAUCUCUCGGGUUAAAACGAUAGGUGAUGAUUUCUAAUAGUUAAAGAUCUUCGUAUUUUUAAUAGUUUAAGAUCUCUGGGCAUUGCUGUUAUUGACAGUUUGACUCCAGCCGUUGGAGAAGAAGCUUCUUUCUGAAUUUCUGUAUAAAUGCCUCCGCGCUUUCGUUGAUGUCACGUUCUUUCACUGACGGCUUCCUCGUCGGAAUAUUCUCCGUCUUCCCUGCUCUCUUCGGCUGUUCUCCGGCCUUCCUCGGCUCGUAGAUUGAGGAUAUGUAAGAAGAAGAGAUGAUCUGAGAUAAACGUUGCUCCAUGGUUUAACACUAAUGCUUCUGCUUUUUUUUUUUUUUUUUGUUUGGUUUUACUUAAUGAUGAUUUGUGUGAACAUAUAUAUAGAGAUAUAUGUAUUUGGAUGAUGUAUGUAGAACAUGGCUCUAGAUACAUUGAACUUAUAAUAGAAUAAGCUUUUCGGAUUAA